AUGAAGCUUCUGUUUUUCCCUUUCAUCACAAAGAUGAUGUCCUUGCCUCUUCUUCUGACUGUACUCGUUAUCUCUGCGUCCCGGGCUGCUUAUGGAGGUAGGACUUCUGAGAGUAGCUCUGGCGCCAUGACACCCACAAAAUAUAUGCUGAAUUACUGCAAACAACGCAUCCCAGUUUUGUAUCUAAACGACAGCCUCAUUCUGGAACUCAGCAACAACGUGAUAAGCUCUCGCAAAGAAGCAGUGUAUGAACAUUGCAAACUGAAGGUCCGUGUGGCACCACCCAAACACAUCUUGCUGCAAUUUUUUGAACUGAGGAUUACAGACACGCAUGGCACUCCAGAUAGAUUGCAAAUCUUUGACAACCCCCCAAAUAAGAAAACGAUGUUACUGACUCCCCGCCAUGGCGCCUAUGGAACUUAUCCAGGAGAAAGGUCACGUGGUGUGAGAGAUUAUAAUUCGUCAUACAAUGAAUUAGAAUUGAACUAUUUCGGCAGGCCUACUGUGGAAGCUCCUGGUUUCAAGCUUUUGCUAACACCUUUUAUAAAGGAGAUAACUCGUAAGAAAUGCCUGGAUGGAUAUUUCCACUGCUCUAUCUCGAAGAUCUGCAUCCGUUCCGGCUUGGCAUGUGACGGUUACCAGAACUGCGGAACCAAAGACGGCAGUGACGAGGGGAAAUGUCGAUACCACUCAGAGGCGCAGAAAUCUAAGUCCAUCUUCCAAGGACCGGUAUUACUGGCAUUAAUUGUUAGUGUAGUGGCCAUUGUGGUCUUCUUAGGAGUGGCCUUGAUUAUCAUGUUACUGACACGGCGUUUUAACAGUACCCCCAGCAUUCGGCAAGAUAAAAUAAAUGGAACAACUGGGCAAACGAAACUGCUGCUUAAUUCCCUGUCUCCAGUCGUAAGGCAGGUUAGAAACUUAAACUGCACUUGUUAUCCUUUUUCUUUCUCUCAUCUUUUCUCCGGUAAAAUAUUUCUUUUAAUAUCUCCCUCUCAUUCCCAUUUCCUCCCUCCUACUCUCUAUGUCCCUCUCUUUCUCACUUAUUUUCCUAUUUUUCCUUUAUCGAUUCUCUCAAUAUAUCUCACUCUUUCUCCCUUUCUCUUAUUCUUUCUUCUUCUUCUUCUCUCUCUCUCUCAAUUUUCCUUUUCUUUCUUUCCUCCUUCCUCUCUUUUCCCCCUCUCUCACGCUUUCAUCCUCUCACUUGUUCUCCUCCUCUCUUUUUCUUCCUCUCUCUCACUCUUUCUUCCUCUUUCUAUUUUCCCUCUCUCGCUUACUUCAUCUCUCUCACUCUUCUUGCAUCUCUCUCACUUUCUCUCCUAUUUCUUUCUCCAUCUCUCUCACAUUCUUUCUGCUUCUCUCUCACUUUUUCUCAUUCUCUCCCUUUCUUCUAUCUCUCACUCUUUCACUAUGUCUUUCACUUUCUCCCUCUCUCUUAUUUUUUCUCCGUCUCUCUUAUUUUUUCUCCGUCUCUCUCUUUCUUCCUCUCUCUCUCUCUUUUUCAUCUUCUCUCUCUUUCUCCCUCUCUCUAUUCCUUCUUUCUUUCUUUCUUUCUUUCUUUCUUUCUUUCUUCCUUUUUUUCGUUCUUUCUUUCGUUCUUUUUCCUCUCUAUACAUGAAAUUCCAAUCGAGAACCUAUCAACAUUUCCUUAUAUGUGUUGUUGUUGUUUGUUUUUCUCUCAUAAAACCUGAUGUCAUUCGUUGUAACAAGUUGACGUUAUUUCUUUCUCUUUCUCUGUCUUCCCACAGACGCAGUAUGGCAAAGCUGAAAACAGCUCGCAAGAGACGGCGAACACAAGAUUACACAAGCACCAACAAUCUUACCCAGAACUAUGAUCCGCCUCCCUACGAGGAUGUCAUCCGAACUGUCACCGACCCACCUUCAUACAACAUCACAUCUGACGAAGCUACAGCCACUGACACUGGCGCCGGGGAGGGGGGGAAAAGUCCGAUCUUUACAGGUGAAGAUGACGAGAAACGAAAAAUGAUGCUGAUGAUGAUGAUGAUGAAAAAUGGACAGAGUCACGGACAUUGUUGUGGGGGUGGGUGUGGCACGAAAUAUCGCAAUGACCACAUCGCCCUCACCCAACAGAAACUGACACCGGAAACAGAUAUUAUCCAAAUGGACAAAAGCUACUGCGAUGCAAAUCAACCGCUUAAAGUGGCUCUGCCACCGCCUAAAUCGACAAAAGGCUCAUUGCGUAAGAACGUUGUCAAUCACGUGCACAACUGUUCGGUUACAAUCGAGUCGCCGGUGUCAUCAUCUACCGCCACCUACAGCCACCGCAUCAGUAACUAUAGCAACCAAAGCAGCAGCAGCAACAGCAGUAAUAAUGAUUUUGAGCUGCAAUACAGUCGACCAGGUUGCAGUAAUGAAAUCCCCACCGCCUAUCAUGACGACAUGGUUUAUAUUAACAAUCAUCACGAAUUGAAUGGCGACGACGAGUGUUCCGAGAUGGCUGAGCAUGACAGCCAACAUGACAUCUUGGAAGGUGCCACUUCCUGCUGUCCGGCCGUUAUUCCUUCUCUUUCAGAAAAUGGUAUUUGUAAUGACAAUAUUUCUCCAUCAUCUGUAGCUAUUUGUAGCUCAGUAAAUGCUGCUGCUGCUUCAGCCACACCUAACGCUGCCGUCGUUCUCAAUGGUGUCGACAUGGACGACGACGAUGAAGAAAAUUACGAGAACGAUGAAUAUUUACCGAGCGGAAAUCUCUUUUCCGAGAUCAAUAGUUUUCUGUAUGCCGAUGGAGGAAGUGAAUCCUGCAGCCCGCAAGAUCACUCUCACUUUAUCCUUUCUGUCGCCCUUAGCGCAAUUUUUAACUGUUGCAACUCGUCUUUUCUUCCAUCCUUCCUCAGUCUUGUGCAUUCUUGA